AUGAGGGCACUUACCGAGGAGGAAACUAAGGUUGUUUUCGAAAAGCUAGCGAGCUACAUCGGUAGAAACAUCACUUUUUUGGUCGACAACCCUACUGAUCCCCAUGUUUUCAGACUCCAAAAAGACAGGGUUUACUAUGUUUCUCAAACCGUUGCCAACUUUGCAACCUCAGUAUCAAGACACCAGCUUAUGUCGUUGGGUGUUUGCUUUGGAAAGUUCACCAAGACUGGAAAAUUUAGAUUACAUAUAACGUCGUUGACGUAUUUGGCUCAAUAUGCCAAAUUCAAAGUAUGGAUCAAACAAAAUGGAGAAAUGCCAUUCCUUUAUGGUAACCAUGUAUUGAAAGCACAUAUCGGAAGAAUAACAGAAAACAUCCCGGAGCACGCUGGAGUGAUCGUAUACUCGAUGAACGAUGUACCUUUGGGAUUUGGAGUCAGUGCGAAGUCCACCAACGAGACGAAAAACUUGGCGCCUACAGGCAUCGUUGCAUUCAGACAGGGAGACAUAGGAGAGUACUUGAGAGACGAGGACACCUUGUUCACCUAA